GGGACGCACAAGCACGCUCGGCGCGAGGUGGCGGUUUGAAUCUGGCCCCUGGUGAAUCGCGUUAUGUCGCGACCGAAGAAUCAAAAUUACAAGGGCCAUGGAUUGUCAAAGGGAAAAGAACGAGAGCAGGGAGCACCAAUCCGGUUCAAGACCGCCCUCAUGAACACACUCAUGGAUGUCCUUCGCCACAGGCCAGGAUGGGUGGAAGUGAAGGAUGAAGGGGAGUGGGAUUUCUACUGGUGUGACGUCAGCUGGCUCCGGGAGAACUUUGACCACACCUAUAUGGAGGAACACGUCAGGAUCAGUCACUUCCGGAACCACUACGAGCUGACCCGAAAGAACUACAUGGUGAAGAACCUGAAGCGGUUCCGGAAGCAGCUAGAGCGUGAGGCGGGAAAGCUGGAGGCAGCCAAGUGCGACUUCUUCCCCAAAACCUUUGAGUUGCCGUCCGAGUACCACCUGUUUGUGGAGGAGUUUCGAAAAAACCCAGGAAUCACCUGGAUCAUGAAGCCUGUAGCCCGGUCGCAGGGGAAAGGCAUCUUCCUCUUCCGCAGGCUGAAGGACAUCAUGGACUGGAGGAAGGACACAAGAAACUCUGAUGACCAGAAAGAUGAUAUUCCUGUGGAGAACUAUGUGGCUCAGCGUUACAUCGAAAAUCCCUACCUGAUAGGAGGCCGCAAGUUUGACCUGCGUGUCUAUGUGCUGGUGAUGUCGUACAUCCCGCUGCGGGCCUGGCUCUACAGGGAUGGCUUUGCCCGAUUCUCCAACACCCGCUUCACAUUGAACAGCAUAGAUGACCAGUAUGUUCACCUCACCAACGUUGCUGUGCAAAAAACGUCUCCUGACUACCACCCAAAGAAGGGCAGCAAGUGGAUGCUGCAGCGCUUCCGGCAGUACCUGGCUUCCAAACACGGGCCCCAGGCAGUGGAGACGCUCUUCAGGGACAUGGACAACAUCUUCAUCAAAAGCUUGCAGAGUGUGCAGAAGGUGAUCAUCAGUGACAAGCACUGCUUCGAGCUGUAUGGCUACGACAUUCUCAUCGACCAGGACCUCAAGCCGUGGCUCCUAGAAGUCAAUGCAUCCCCAUCACUGACAGCCAGCAGCCAGGAAGACUAUGAGCUCAAGACCUGUCUCCUGGAAGAUACCCUGCAUGUCGUGGACAUGGAAGCGAGGCUCACGGGAAGGGAGAAGCGAGUCGGGGGCUUUGACCUCAUGUGGAAUGAUGGCCCGGUUAGCAGAGAGGAGGGGCCUCCUGACCUGUCCGGAAUGGGAAACUUUGUGACCAACACACACCUCGGUCUCUACUGGGGUCACUCAUAGGGCUGCAGGCACCUGGCAGAUUUACUGAGACUUGAUGGCCUACCACAGCCCCAUUCAUAGGUGUGGGGAGUUGAUACUGGCUGUCAGCUGGGCCUCUCUUUCCACGUGGCCAGUCAUCUUCCAACAGUCUAGCCCUGGCUUCUUCAUGUGAUAGACUCGGGGUUCUAAGGUGAGAAAAGACACUGCAAAGCCUUUUGCAUCCUAGACUCAGAAGUCCCGUAAGUCAUUCUGCUACAGUCAAAGCAAUUUUCUGGUCUAGUCCAGUCACUGGGUAAGAAAAUAGACUCAACCUGUUGAUGAGAGGAGCAGCCAAGUCACGUUGCACAGAGGUGUGCAUAUAGGAAUGGAAUUUUUGCAGCCAUCUUUGCUAACAGUGCACCUCAGAUAUCAAUGCACGUUAGUUCCCGGACCCCCAUUCGCGUAGCAAAGACGGAGAGCCGCCGUUUUCUACCUCGGCCGCAUACUGGAAUCACCGGGGAGCUUUAAAGACUAGUGAUGCCUGCCAGAUAAAGAUAUGGUUGGUGUGGGCAUCAGUAGCUUUUAAAGCUCCCAGGUGAUUCCAAUACGCAGCCCAAGUUGAGAGCCACUGUUUUAUUUUUUUAGAGACAGCGUCUUGCUGUGUCA